GUGGAGGAAUCGUCCCUUUUCGCUUGCGUUUCUCGGACUAGGUUGCCCUUCUUGUUGUAGGCCUUGGACUAGCCAGCCGCUUCUCCCGAAAAGGCGCUCACCGCCGGUCUCCAGCUGGUCGACAGUUUUUCUUUCUUUUGGCCUAUCGCUGCCAGCGAGACCUCUUUCUCCUUCCUUUCGAGCAAAGAGUCGUUCGUUUGUUCGUAUUCGCUGUUUUGGGUCCCCUUUUUGAAUCUGGAAUCUGUUUGGCUUCCGCGGUCGUGCAUACGCGCCCCGUACGCGUGCAUGCGGGCUCGUCCGGACUCAGACAGCUCGCUCCGCAGAAGGAAAAAAAGUCUUCUGCUUCUCUUUCCUUCCUCCACCCACUUUGCAGAAUUCGCUGAGACACACUCGUAAGCUCGGUGUGCCUGCUUGUUUACCUUGUUGCUCGGGAAGGCGCGCGGCCUCUUCGCGGAAGCCACUCCAGUCCAAAGUCGAAGAGAGAGAAAACGCACUGUUCUAAACAGCCGAGACGUCUCCGAAGUCCUUUUCUGAGCUCCGGCAUGUCUCCGUCUCUUCGUCGACCUUUCAGCCCUGCGCGAAACGCUCUCCUUUCUAGCCGUUGACGGCUACAAUACUUGCAUGCAAAGAGAGGACUUCGGGUCACCAAACGUCACACGUCUCCGGAAUUUGAGUCUUUCUUUGGCCUCGAUUUCCGGAUUUUUCGUUCUCGUCUCGAACCCUUGCAUCCGUUCUUCCUUCUCGCCGAUGAAUGUAUGCCGACGAUCCUGUAAACGCAGGUACUUUUGCACCCUGUCGUCGUAGAUUUCGUCUGACUCGAGUAAGAAUGUGUUUGGUAAAUUCUUUUGGAUCUCCAGAAAGAGCGAUUCCUGAGAGUUGACCAGUGUCCUGUCUUUGCGUAGGUUAAUCGAGGAAAGUGAGACUUUUUUCCAGAGCGGUGUUUUCCCUCCGUCAUCGUUAAAGAUGCCGCCUCUUUCUCUCCCGUCCACCACGUAGUCUCUCCUCAGAGCUCGGUUUCCAGUUCGACAGAGUCGCCUCGCAUCGGCCUCGCUUUCUUCUUCCACUCCGCGGCUUCUCUCUGUCAUCUUGUCGCCUCCAUUCCUUUUUCGCCAUUUUCCCCGAGAGUGUGUCUUUCCUUCUCUUUCCUCGCUUCUUCUCUCUCCACGAUGCACGGUCGCGCAGGAGAGCCCGCUAGCUACGACCAUUUGUUGAAGCUGCUCCUCAUCGGAGACAGCGGCGUCGGGAAAAGUUCGAUUUUGCUCAGGUUUGCCGAGGAUGUCUUCAACGAAAAACAACUCUCAACCAUCGGAGUUGAUUUCAAAGUCAAGGCCAUGACGGUUGGGGACAUGAGACUGAAGCUGGCGAUCUGGGACACAGCCGGACAAGAGAGAUUCAGGACUCUCACUUCUUCGUACUACCGAGGCGCCCAAGGAAUCAUAAUGGUUUACGACGUCAGCAACCGGCAGUCCUUCUUGAAUCUGCAGUCGUGGCUCGACGAGAUUUAUCGCUACUCGACGAACGCCGAUGCAGUUCUCAUGCUGGUCUCAAACAAAGUGGACAAGCGAACUGUGCAAGUCGAGCGCCGAGAGGGAGAAGCCUUUGCGUUCCAGAAAGGCAUGCUUUUCGUGGAGACAUCUGCCAAGACGCGCCAGGGCGUCGAUCACGCGUUCGAAGAGCUGGUGCAGAAAAUCUUGGAUACGCCGUCACUCCUCGUCAACACAUCCCCCAUCGGAGCCGCACCACGCCAACUGUCUCACGCUCGCGAGGGAGAUGCGCUGAAUGCGGCCGCCGGGUGUUCCUGUUGACUGAAAAAGCGUUCAAGCAGAAACCGAGAAAGAGGGGAGGAUUUGAAAACGACUGAGAUGCAGAUAACAGCAGCGCCGGAGAGCGCUGCAAACAAGACACUCCCUCGGAUGCUUCCUGCGCAUCUCUCCCGUUGCCUGGCUGUCUACCUGUCGAGAAUCCGACCUCGACGCACGACUCACAGGAGGCUGUUGUCGCGUGUAUGUACACUGCAUGUGUCUGCAUGCGGUUAGGGUUCCCGUCGGCGGUCUGCGUUCGGCCCCAGAGGCCGGGCGUUGAUCUACUCUUGUCUCUUUGAGCGUCGUGGCGUCUCAAGCAAUCGGUUGUGUUCCCUGCAUCUGCCUACCGCUGCUUUCCUGCUUUCUGCCUCUCGAUGUCUUGUGAACGUUUCCUUCCCUCGCUCGUUUCCAUGAUUCGUCUCUCCGUGAGGCUCGACGGUCUGGCCAAGCGAGCGCUCACCUCGCUCUCACCUCUUGCCCAUAAAAAGCAGCUCGCGUCAACAGGAGGGAGAAGUCCUGUGGGCUGAAGAGGGCAGCGAAACGUUAGAUUGUACCCCCUGGUAGCUUUUUUCCGAUGACGCAAUGCUCUCUCGAGUGCAUCUGUCUUCGCGUCUGCCUUGCAUGCGCGGCGUUGCCCCCCCUGAGGCAACUGGCUCGUUCGCUCGGCUGUAUGUACACCCCAGUAGAAUGGGGUGUCGUUUUUGCGUUUUCGACCUUCGUAUAGGCAGAUAAAUGCAGCGAAGGGCGUCGCCGCCUCAGGGAAAGGAGAGAGAGGACAGUUGCGGUUUCGCAAUAAGACCCCGAGAGCUUCUUCUGUCGCAGCACAGAUAAACUCGCG